CAACCACGCACGGCGACAACCUUCACGAUGGUGUACGCAGACAGAAGGCCGACCGACUCCAUGAAGUCGACGUGGAGGAAAGAUCCGAGUCAAUGGCGAUUUCCGCACCGCUUCCUGAACGCCGUCAACGCAUUCUACAAAGAUCUGGACCAGGAGCCACCGAAACAUGCGAAGACCGACAAAGUGCCAUACAUGACUGAAUGGAGUUGUCAUGUCUUCAUCCUCCUCCACGCGGCAUGGCCGAUGAUCAUACAGCAAGCUUACAUGUGGUACUACGGAAAAGACAUGCAUCCGAUCUCUGCAUUCUUGCUAUACACAAUCGCGAUGCAACUCAACGCAAUCCGAGAAGUCCGUCUGCUCAAGGCGCUGGGGAUGAAGUACGGCUACCUCGAUGGAGACAAGCACGAACGCGACGAAGUCCCGGAUAAUGGUGUGGGCAAGGUUUUAGCAUCACUCCAACUCACCACAAGCAUCCGACCCAUGAUCGCCAUCUUCUUCGCCUACCGCCGCUCCCAAACCGGCAGCCUCUCCCUCAGCUGGUGGCUCCCAGUAGAACUCUUCCUCUACUCUCUCGUCCUCGACGGUUGGUUCUACCUCUACCACCGCUCCUCCCACGAGAUCGACGCGCUCUGGAGCAUCCACCGCACCCACCACAUGACCAAACACCCCACCCCGCUCCUCUCCUCCUACGCCGACUCGGAACAAGAAUUCAUCGAAAUCGCCCUCGUCCCCUUCCUCACCUGGGCCGUCCUCAAAUUCUUCUUCCAACUCCCCAUGGGUUUCCACGACUGGUGGGUCUGUCACGAAUACAUCAUCUUCACCGAAGCCUUCGGACACUCGGGACUCCGCAUCUACUCCACCACUCCUUCCGCUGCCAGCUGGUUUUUGAAACUUGUGGAUUGUGAGCUUGCGAUUGAGGAUCAUGAUCUUCAUCAUCGGAAGGGUUGGAGGAAGAGUCAGAAUUAUGGGAAGCAGACGAGGCUUUGGGAUAAGCUUUUUGGGACUACGGGCCAUCGGAUUGAGGCUGUGCCCGAGAAUGUGGAUUAUGGGAUGCGGUUUAAUUUUCCGUUUUUUUAGAUACGUGUGGAUGGAGUUGGGGGAUGGAUGAGUGAUUAUGAUAAGAUGAUGUGGAAUGAGAUGGAUAUACCCCGGAUGAAGGAAGCGAUAUGUACCAGUCCAUAUCGAUAUUGAUGUGCGAAUAUAUACAUUACAGUAUCAACUGUCCCAGCCUUG